UAGCUGAAGCUGCUUAAAUUCAACACCUUGACAUGGCCAGCCUUCCGUUGUCCUCAUUCAUGUAGUCAACAAGAACAGAUUCUCAAUUAUUAUUGCUGGGGAAUUGAAUAUCAAAGGAAGGAGAAUUUUCAGCAAACAAGUGGAAUCUUAAAGUCAUACUACAUGGAAGCAGACCGUUCAGCCCUUCACCUCCAUGCUGACUGGAAGCAUUCAUCCUUUUGAGAGCCGAGGUCCAGACCUCUGCUCCGCACUCAAAGAGCCAGUGAUGUGGACAUGGGAUGAAGAACGUCAGGAGUCCAGACCUCCAGCUUCACAAUCGAAAAGCCAGCGACGUGGACAAGGCGACGGAGGACAUCAUGGUUGUCGAGGUGUCCCAGGGGCCGUGCACAAUCCUGAUUUGAUCGAGACAGCCGUGAGAAGCACGGAGGAACACCUGGAGAAACUUCUGAAAUGCCCGCUUCGCUGCUGCUGCUACUGUGCGAUGGAGAAUCUCCGGAGACGAAGGCCCCAAAUCCUUGGCUGCCUAUCGCCUGUUGCCGGGGUUGGGGUCGAAGCGUUCGGCAGAGAUGGUGCUCGGUGCUCAGUGUUGGAGAGCUGGUCAGAGGCUCGGAGUUUUCGGACGGACUCGGAGUCGGACUGUGAUCGGAUGCUUCCGGGAUGCUGCACCGGCAAGUUGGCGGCGCUGGAGGUUCACCGUCUGCGUGAGAUGAUGGGACUUUCAAGAGACUUCGAGACUUUGAGACUUUUUACCGUGCCCGUGGUCUGUUCUUUAACAAAUUACGGUAUUGCUUUGCACUGUUGUAACCAUAUGUUAUAAUUAUGUGGUUUUUGUCAGUUUUGCAAUCGGUUUGUCAUGUGUUUCUGUGAUAUCAUUCUGGAGAAACAUUGUAUCAUUUCUUAAUACAUGCAUUACUAAAUGACAAUAAAAGAGGACUGCGUGUCCUCAUAAUCUAAUCUAAUCUAACAGUCCAUGAGCAGGAUGGGUGGGAUCCUUCAUGAUGUUACUGGUCCUUUUUGUAUGUCCCUGAUGGGAGGUAGACUGGCGCUGGUGAUGUGUUGGCUGGCUUUGACUCCCCAGUGUUGAGCCUUCCUGCCUGCUGCAGUACAGUUUCCGUACCAUGCAGCGAUGCAGCCUGUUAGGGAUGCUCCCUGCUGCGCGUCCGUAGAAGGACAUGGGUAAAGAUGUGCACA